AUGAUCAAUCCGUCGUCGCACAUUGGUGCGGCAUCUGCAUUGAUAGGAGCUUCCUAUGUUGGUCUCAAAUGUGACAGUAUUGUACCAAACAGUGGCAUUGCGGGGACUCUCAUUGUGGCAGGGUUGUUGUCCAACAGCUUCACAUUGGUACCGACUCUUCACCCUUUGUAUGAUAUAUGCUGGAGUCAUAUAUUGCCAGCAUCUUUGGCUUUGCUCUUGCUGGGGUAUCGGUCAGAUGGGGAUUCUCUCCAGAAAUCAUCAUCUACCAAUCAAGAUACAAGUUCUUCGGCUGCAUCUUCGAUAUUUCGAUUGUUCAUCCCAUUUUUGACUGCUUCAUUCGGUUCAUUGCUUGGAUGUUUCAUGAGCUUCAAAUGUUCCCAGGCUUUGGGUUGGCUUACUUUGGCGAAUGCGAAGGCAGCUACGGCAUGCUUGUCGGCAAGCUAUGUUGGAGGCUCCGUCAAUUACUUUGCAACAGGGAGGAUGAUCAAUGCAAGCUCCGACUUACUUGGCUCCUUGGCGACAGCAGAUUUGCUGGUCAUGGCUAUUUAUUUUUCGUUCCUGUCUAUGUCGUUAGAUUGGAAGUGGCUAAGAUCAAGAUUUUACGUUCCAAGCGUGACGGCAGAUGAUUCUUCCAUCACGGUGCCCUCUACAAACAUGCAAAACACAAAGGUGAAAGUUCGGUCCCGCAGAGUUUUUGUAUCAAAAACAUUUGCUGGUAUAGCACUCAUGGGGUUUUCACUAUGUAUCGCUGAGGUAUCAAACUGGGUAGAGAGAAUGAUUCAGCCAUGGGUUCCAGGGACCGGCUCGGCGGUAAUCGCCAUUUGCACUCCAAUCAUCAACUCGCUGAUUAACUCUCGCAGAUGGUUUCCGACACUGAGCGAGACUGCAAAUCAGCUUGGAGGCUUUCUCUUUCUUUGCUUCUUUGCUUCCAUCGGAUUUGGUUGUGAUCUCAGGGGUGUGGUUGGUUUGGGUCCUGCUUGCCUUUGUUUUGCUACGCUGGCAAUAUUGAUACAUCUUGUGGUUGCUCUGGUAGGGUCUUCCACAUGCGCCCGCCGCCUAAAGAUCGAACUGGAAGACGUUUGGAUCGCCUCGAACGCUGCAAUUGGUGGUCCAGCCACUGCAGCCGCAUUCUGUAGCCGAUUGAAUGGUUCAUCAAAUCUACGAGGAAAGACAUUGGCAGCCACGUUUUACGGGUGUGCCGGUUAUGCGAUUGGUACUACACUUGGUUCCCUUAUGUUCCGUUUUGUUGGGGGCUAA